GCAUAUUUCAUUUAAACAUGGUAUGUAAUACCUACAUAGUAUGUAUCUAGGUAGUCAGGUACACUCAUAUAGCUGGGCUUAGAGACUCGUGUUCCCAUUCUCCUAUCGGAUAUUCGAAACUUCGAAAUACGCUUCUAUUCACCGAACAUGGGUACUAAGUAGUAAUUAGGUUGCUUCUUUGUUGGUUUUCACCCCUCGUCUCCGAUCAAUUGACAACUCAUAAAACUCGAAUGUGCCACCAUCUUGCGGUGAAAGUGUACCCUCCUUCAACCAAUGAGAAAUAUCGAUUCUACCAAUCGGUUAUUCUCAUUGGUUUCCACUUUAUUAUUGAUGCUGCACAUAUUGCCAGCUAUUCCGUACAUAUCCACUUUGUAAUAUUUGUUCCGGACCGUCUCCGAACGCUUACGUGCUCACUCUAUUUACGUACUGCGAGCCCAAGCCACCUGCCUAGCCUUGUACGAAGAGUCAGCUAAGUUUCUAAUCCGUCCUCGGUCAAACUUCGUCGAAGGGAAGUCAGGUAUCAUGACGGAAGAACUUCCUAGCCCGCCCUUUCUUGUCAUUCCGGGUUUACCGAACUUCCGCGACAUCGGAGGCUAUCCAGUCGGUAGUUCAGGCUUGACUUCGGACUCUAGCCUGCCUCGAGACAGCUCAAAUACGAAGGCUGUCCGCCGUGGACUGGUGUACCGUUCGUCGGAACCAUCUAAGGUCACCGAAGACGGUGUGUUGAAGCUGCAAAGCCUGGGCAUCGGUAAGGUCUUUGACUUGCGCUCAGCCGUCGAGAUCGAGCAUGGGCUCCACGGCAACGGCAACGGUGAUGGGUGGAAGGUGAAGGAGUGGGAUGGCGCUCGCCGCGAAUUUGUUCCCGUCUUCCUCGAUCAGGACUACUCGCCUGAGGCACUGGCUCUAAGAUACAAGAAUUACUCCUCUGAGAGUGCACAGGGUUUCGUGGUAGCGUAUGGUGACAUCCUUGCUGCCGCGGCUUCUCCGAGCAACGACUACCGGCCGUUCAGGACGAUCUUGGAACACCUGGCCUCGCCUUCACCCUCGUUGCCGGCACCCUGUCUUAUCCAUUGUACCGCUGGCAAAGACAGGACCGGAGUGAUCUGCGCGCUGAUCCUAAGCUUAUGUGGCGUGGACGACGAGGUCGUUGCACACGAAUAUAGCUUGACGGACUUGGGGCUGAAGGAACGCCACGCUGAGCUUAUCGCGCACAUGAUGAACAAUCCGUCGUUACGAGACAACCCCGGAUCUGCCCAAAGGAUGCUUUCGUCCCGAAAGGAGGCUAUGUUGGGCACGCUAGCCAAAAUCCGGGAGACACACGGAUCUGUCGAGAAGUGCGUUGUCGAUUUAGAAUUACUCUCACCCGAGGGCAUUAAGCAGCUGCGAAGUAAUCUCGUCAAUGAUGCGAGCGAGGAGGGGAUUGUUCCAUGGCAGAAUCAUGCCAAACUAUUGCUAUAGUCGUUGGGUAUAUGUAAAUAUUCAGCAAUGUGUACAUAGAAGCCGGCCCCUUUUCUUGGCCCGCUAUCCAUAGACGAAUGCGCAGCAGCUUAGACUCC